AUGUUGUCCUUAGUUAUAGCAUCGUUGGUAAUACAGACAACACUGACCUAUGGAUCCACCAUUUCAGUUACUAAUGGCGGCUAUUGGGGUGACUGGGGAUAUCUACAGCGAUGUCCUUCUGGGACCUCAGCAAUAGGAUUCAGCCUAAAGGUGGAACGAGAAAUUGAUGGAGAUGACACAGCCCUGAAUGGGAUUAAGCUAUAUUGUGCUCCCAAUGGAAGAAGAUUUGUUAAGGGCACAAUAACAUCUACAGUUGGAAACUGGGGGGACUGGACUUAUGUUUCCUGGUGUCCAGGUGGAAAUCUCAUAAGUUUUGCCUUGAAAGUUGAGCCAACACAGGGUAAAGGAGACGACACAGCGGCCAACAACAUCAUGAUGCAAUGUUCAGAUAAGAACAUUCUUACAGGAAAUGGUGGGCGCUGGGGAAAUUACGGAGGCUGGAGUGGAGUAUGCUCAAUGGGGAUCUGUGGUAUCCGAACCAAAGUAGAAGGACAACAAGGCAGAGGAGAUGACACUGCGCUCAAUGAUGUCAAGUUUGAAUGUUGUUCAACCCGAAACAUCUCAGUAAUGGGGUUUGUGUAA